AAUUAACUUGACUCAAAAUUUUCUUCAUCAUUAUUAAGACUUUAGUUACAAGUUCUGGUGCUGCCUCAUUAUAUUCAUGGUGGUGGUGGUCAUGUUAAAGAGGCCCCAGUCUUUAUGGAUUUCCUCAGUCUUAUAGAAAGAAAGAAAGAGACAGACAGACAGGCGAUAUAGACAGACUCGUGUUGUCAGCAAAGAACAGAUAUCGCACAGAAGGGUAUCGUAAACGCAAGGAUAGGAUAUAAGAAUUGCGAUUUCAACGAGAGAUCAGUUAUCGUACGAGGGAAAAAUCACAAGGACUAAGAGUUAUCUUACUGAAAAAUAAUCUUAACGAGACAGACAGACAGAAUAGCUAUCGUUUGAAAUAAAGAUAUUUGAUAAUUUUUCAACCACAAGAUAAUUGUUAUUCCAUGAAAAAUAUCGCAAAUUGUAGGAAAAAGAAGAAAAGAAAAAGUAUCGUACUCUGGAGGGAAGAAUUAUCGUACCUCAGUUAAGGACAGCGCGGCAGGCAGGGUAGGGGGGUCGGGGAGACAGCAUCAGUCAGUCGACGCUGGACGCUCAACAAGUGUGUGUGCGUAGGUAUAUAUGAGUGUGUGUGUGUGUGUGUGCCAUCGAGGACUCCACAUCUCCGUCACUCACCUACCGUACCCACGACCUCCUCCUUGCUAAGUCAUGGCGCCGAUACAACGAGUGACAAGUGAUCAGUAUCCCGCAAUCGUGUAUCUCUGAAGACAGAUUCACUUACAUUAUAAAGUUAUUUAGUGAUGGAAUUUGGCGACAGGUGUAGGUGAUGGUCCCGGGUGGCUCACAUUACUGUACUGUACACUGUGUCAGUAUAUCGUAUCGGGAAAGGCCCCACUGACACAUAUUCAACAGUAUAGUGAUGUAGGACUGAUGUGAACUCUGUCGUGUGAGAUCUGAUUAACACUGGCGACUGUGAUUAAUUAGAGGAAAAACACUAAUGAUCUUCACAGGGGAAAAUGCUUGGGUGUGAAUCAUGUUGUAAAUUAGUGGAGAACAAACAAGAGAAGUUAUAAUAAUAAUAAUAUAACAGGUGACCAAUUAGACUGCUGAAGGUGUGAACAUCGCCAGGUGUCAAGAACAACAUCAUGAUGACAAAACUCCCCCACCACUACUAACAUCCCCCCCCCUUCCUCCUCCACCAGUGUCUCCUCCCACUCAUUCCACAAAUUGAAGCCCUUCUAUUGCCUGACUCGACCGCCAACUGUGAUGUGACUUCCCACUCACCAACACCCAGAGACAUAUUCCCCCACUCACUCCCUCUUUCUCUCUCUCUCAUCAUUCUUCACCACCAACACGACCACUCUUCCUCCCUUCUCUUUAAGGAUUCAUUACCUGUUGAUCCUCACCGUCCCCCGAGAACUACAUAGUAUCCUAGAGUUCCUGCCCGGGUCCUGCCACCAGUUGUAGGAUACGUCACCUGUUGAUCCACGUCCUCCUCGACCUACAGUAUAUCUGUUCCUCGACUAAAAUCCUAAAGCGACCUUCCAUUGCCGUCCUCGCCUCCACUCCUUCCCUCAUCGCCCGAUUUCAAUCAGACGACCCCCCCCCCUCCUUCCCUCCUUGUCGCCCGGGGAUGUGUGCUCCUCACGCUGAAGGGUGAGGAGCCUGUGAUCUGCCCUGGAACCCUAGAAGUGAUGUGCUCUCCUGUGGCCUCCGGAACACUAAAAGGCGUGUGUUCCACUGUGGGCCCCGGAACACUAGAGGGGGUGUGCUCCACUGUGGACCCCGGAACACUAAAAGGAAUGUGUUCCACUGUGGGCCCUGGAACACUAGAAGAUGUAGGCCCGGGAACACUAGAAGGAGUAUGCUCUACUGUAGGCCCCGGAAAGCUAGAGGGGGUGUGCUCCUCUGUGGGCCCCGGAACACUAGAAGGAAUGCGCUCGACGAUGGGCCCGGGUUCUCUGGACGGGGGCGUGGGAUCUCCCCGAACACCCACGGCAGGGACGGAGGUGAAGAUGAGGCGGUUCACCCUCCCUAACCUCUUCCUCACCGUCGAGGGACAAGACAGGAAACUGGAGGAGAUCUGUCCAGGUCACAAGAAAUCGACCGGUCUCCAAAAUCCCCAAAUCUCCUAGGUCUCCAGGUCUCCCAGGUC